AUGAAAACAAGUGAAACUCGAGUAAGAGAUAGUCAAGGCAUUUCUUUACCUAAACUAGUUUUGAAACCAACCACCAAAAAUUUACUUGACCCUAAAGCAGGAAAUAAUUCCGUCGAAUCUCAUAGUUAUGAUUUUUAUCUCGAUAAUGAAAAUGUAACUCCCGAGCCUCUCGAAAGUAUUGAAUAUAGCCGAAUAGAAAAUGAAGACUCGAGUUCAUACGCGUUAAAAGGAAAAAUGAAUUUCAUAAAAGAAAUGUCAAAUGUAAAAUCAGAAGAAUAUAGUAUAGAUUACUUUCUUCAUGGUUCGACAGAUGCGGCUAAAAGUUUACUUGAGGAAAUUUUUUCUCAACAUAAUCACAAUCAAAGUAGAAAAACUAUUUAUGAUUCUGGGCCAGAUAUGAUAAAUCAACAAGAAACUAUUGAAAUGGGCUAUGAAAUUGAAUUAUCCGAGAAAUUAAUUAUUAGUGAUGGCGAUUAUGAAAAAUUCUCACAAGAGAAAAGUAGAUACGCAGAAAUUGUAUUAGGGUCAAAAACUAUGGUCGAGUGCAGUACACAAACUGUUAAUACACUUAUGGAAAGAGACGACGAAGAAAGCCAAACCCAAUCAUUGUUAUCAAAUACAUCUGGGACACAAGUAUCUGUUUAUAAUUUAAUUUACGAAUACGACAAAGCAGAAGAAAUAGAACAAUCGAUCGAAAAAACACAAAUACUAUCAACUAUAUUGUCUGAUAUUCAUAUAAAACCUCAUAAAGAACCAUCUUUAAAUGCUGAGGCAUUUUCUAUUAGUGCUAUGAUAAUGGAGCGCACAUUAGCCAGUAAUGUAAUGGGACAACUUCAAUUGUUUUUGAAUGAAGAAUUUCCUCGAAGGCCUUCCACUAAUAAUUCGUUUGAUAAUUACAAACUUGUAUUGGUUUAUGAAUGUUUAUUGGAAAAAAAAAUAAACAAAAAUUCGUCACCUCGAUGUAUUGAUUGGAAUAUGGUCACAAAUCAUCUUUUAGCUGUCGGAUAUGGAAAGUUUUAUUAUCAUUUUCAAGAAACAUGUGGAGCUGUAGCAAUUUGGAGUAUCAAAAAUCCAAUAAACCCAGAAAGAUACUAUACAUUUAAUAAAUCGGUUACGUGUUUGAGAUUCUUUUUUGAAAAACCCAACUUUCUUGCAAUAGGAUUUUUUUGUGGAAACGUUUUAAUAAUAGACAUAUCUAGCGGGCCCUUGAAAAUUAUUUUCGAUAAAUCUGUUCAGUUCGCAGGAAUCGAUCCUAUUUUAGACUUGUGUUGGACUUACCGAGUCGGCAUUCAGUUAUCCGAUGUAACGGCUUCCGAAAGUUUAGUUACAUGUGACGGAAACGGAAGAGUAGCUAGUUAUUCAUACAUUCAUAAUUCUUUCGAAGAAAAAGAAUUGAUUCAAAUCGAUAAAAAUGAUAGCUACGAUGAUAAAAACGAUAGCUACAACGAUAGAAACGCUAACGAUUCUACGGAUGUAGAUAACAAAUUUAAAUUAGAAAGAUAUCAGAGCGCAACGAGAUUUAUGGAGUUUGACGAUAGAACGUACUUUGUGGGCACCAGUAGUGGUCAUAUCAAUAUAUGUUCUUAUCAUAGUUUUAGAAAUAAAUACAUUAAGAAAUUAAAAGCUCAUUUCGGGCCGAUUCUAUCAUUGGAAUGUUCGCCUCAUUGCAAAACAAUAUUUUUGUCUACCGGUAGAGAUUGUACCAUUAACGUUUGGGUUGGGUUUAAACUUUCCGAGCCAGUGCUAACUUUAGAUUGUCAAAGACAAGUUGAAAAGGCUAUUUGGAGUCCAGUUCAUUCUACAAUUAUUGCAUCUAUUGUCGGUAAGCAUUAA